GCAUGUGUGUGCAUAGACAAAUACAAUUGCAUAAAAUCAGCUGAUUUAAUUCUCUUUGGUCAAGUUUCUCUGUUCUAAAUGUCUGCUCUACAGUCGAAACGCUUGCUAAAUACUAUUAACUGGCAUUUAAAAUGGACAUUAGUGCGUAAUGUGGUGUCAUAUAUACAGGGUCAAUCGCCUGAGCCCAGGAUACGUGAAUACUUCUAUUAUAUCGAUCAUGAGGGGAUGCUCUUCUUGGACGAUGCCAAAAUGAAGAACUUUACAUCCUGCUUUAAGGAGAGGAAAUUUCUUCAGUUCUUCUUUAGUCGCCUGCGACAAAAUGAAACCCAGCGCUAUCCAAUGUUCCCCUUUAUGUCGCCUUGUGGCCGAGAACGGAAUUAUAUACGCUGUGAUGAUACGCCUAUUGUAUUUACCGAACAGCUAAAGAAGGAUGUGUCUAGAGAUGAAGAGGCUUUGACCUAUGCACAUGGAGGUCCUAAUUUAUCAAUAGCUUUUGAACCACAGAAACUUUAUAUGCACCCGGCAAGCGGUAGAGUGUAUCACCCAGCGUGGCCAAAAGUUGGAGGUGUUGGACUGGUUCGCUCCAAAUUGGCCAUUGAACUUAGCCAGAACUUUGUGUUUACUGACGGCAACGAGUCGCCAACACACUUUAAUUGGCAUGGAUCACAACUUAAGCUGGAGCACGAUUGGAUCAAUGAUUGUCAAUUUCAGUACAAGCACUCGAUAUCAACAGAUCAUUAAAUGGGAUAGUAAUUUGAACAUUUCAUUAUUUAUAAGUAUGUACAUAUAUCUAGAUUAAAACAACUAUUCAAUACU